ACUCAAUCCAACAGCUCCGAUUAGUUAGAGAGGGACGAAAGUGUAUGUAACCUCAUCUUGGGCGAAAAAACUGCGUCGUGUCGUGAAGUGAUUUUGCCACCCGGGAAGGAUACAUACCCGCGAUGACAUUGCGACAAUGCGCGCCCACAAAGCCCUAGAGAGCGACGAUGCGAAGGAGGCGCAAUGGGAAGCUGCGCGCGGCGCCGCCGUCGGAGCCGUGAAAUGGGGCGCUGUGUCUGCCGUUCUAGGCGGUAUCGGUUACGUUUUCUCACCACUAUAUCGCGGACUCACCGUCCAGUUUAAAGUAUAUCUCCAAAUGUCCGGCAUGAUCGUCGGCAGCAUGAUCGAGGCCGACUAUCGCAUGAGGCAGUAUGAGCAGCGCAUACGCAUGCAACGAAGGAUAGCUCAGAACCGUGCUGUAUGGGCGGACUAUGAGAAGGAGUUGAUGGAGUUGGAGGACGAAGGAGCACCCUCUCAGCAGAAUAAGAAGUGAGAUAUCAACGAUAUUUACUGCCAUUUCGAGUAACCAGUAGCAGCAAAGCUUGUAUUUUGUGCUGUUAGGCCAUGCAUCUAUAUUAAAAGCAUGUAGAUAUGUCUUGAAAUUUUUCGACACUCCUGUACCAACCAGC